CUCGUCUUCAGGCUGAGCCGGCGACCAGACGCCCGGCGCUCCCUUCCUAGCCUCCAGCGCCGCGGCAACCUCAGCCUCCGCAUUUCCCUCCCCCUCCUCCCUCUCUCCUCCUCCGCCUCUUCCGUUUCUUAAGGGAAAGGCUGCAGCCAGUUCUCCGCUCCGCGCCCCCGCAUCCCCGGCUUAGCAUUUCCUGGUCGAAGAAGCUGACAGUUGUCGAGAGCGGUGGCCCAGGUUCAACAGCUGACAGCCCAGAGGGUGGGUACGGAUUCCACCGGCAGCUGCAGCUGAAAGCAGCGUUCAGAAAUGUCAGAUAUUCUCCGGGAGCUGCUCUGUGUCUCCGAGAAAGCUGCCAACAUCGCCCGGGCAUGCAGGCAGCAGGAAGCUCUCUUCCAGCUGCUGAUAGAAGAAAAGAAAGAGGGAGAAAAGAACAAGAAGUUCGCUGUCGAUUUCAAGACCCUGGCUGAUGUACUGGUACAGGAAGUUAUAAAACAGAAUUUGGAGAACAAGUUUCCAGGCUUGGGGAAAAAAAUUUCUGGAGAAGAAUCCAAUGAGUUUACCAAUGAUUUGGGGGAAAAGAUUAUCUUGAGACUGUGUUCAGCAGAGGCAGAAACAGUGGAGCUUCUUAGCAAAGUUCUUAAUGGUAACAAGUUGGCAUCUGAAGCAUUAGCCAAGGUUGUUCAUCAGGAUGUCUCCUUUACUGACCCAGCUCUGGAUUCGAUAAGGGUCGAUAUUCCACAGGACAUUUUGGGAAUAUGGGUGGAUCCCAUAGAUUCAACUUAUCAGUAUAUAAAAGGCUCUGCUGACAUCAAACCCAACCAAGGAAUUUUCUCCUGCGGGCUUCAGUGCGUCACUAUUUUAAUUGGUGUCUAUGACAUACAGACAGGGACGCCCCUGAUGGGAGUCGUUAAUCAACCUUUUGUGUCACAAGACCCAAACACCCUCAGGUGGAAAGGACAGUGCUACUGGGGCCUUUCUUACAUGGAGACCAAUAUCCAUUCACUUCAGCUCCACAUUCCCGAAAGAAACGGCACCGAAACACCAAGCCAACUGACUGAAAACACCAGCUCUGAAGCAGAAGCCCACGGUUUUUCAGCUGUCAUUAGUACAAGUGAAAAGGAAACUAUCAAAGCUGCAUUGUUUCGUGUAUGUGGAGAUAGCGUAUUUCGGGCAGCUGGAGCUGGUUACAAGAGUCUUUGUGUUGUGCAAGGCCUUGUGGACAUUUAUAUCUUUUCAGAAGAUACCACAUUCAAGUGGGACUCCUGUGCUGCUCACGCCAUACUGAGGUCAAUGGGUGGGGGAAUGGUAGAUCUAAAGGAAUGCUUAGAAAGAAAUCCAGAAAAGGGGCUCAAUUUGCCACAGUUGGUAUACCAUGUGCCAAAUGAAGGUGCUUCUGGAGUUGAUCAGUGGGCCAACAAGGGAGGACUAAUUGCAUACAGAUCAAGGAGGCAGCUGGAGAUGUUCCUGAGCCUCCUCAUCCAAAACCUUGUACCUGCAGAUACAAAUACAUAGAUAAAGUCUGACCUCCGUAUACAUUUAAACCGAACUGUGAAAAUAUCUCCCAUAUCGCUGUCUUCCUCUUUUGAGGAGCGUUUUUCCAUUAUGUGUUAGAAUAAUUUUAAUUUCAAUAAAUGAAUGACAUUCAUACAGGAAUUGAGUUCAUGUGUGAAAUCUGCAUAGAAUUAUUAGUUUUGCUUGAAACACUUCAAUAAAAUAUUGAAGAAAGAGAAAACCCUGCUCAAUUAGUAAAACUGCUGUGAACACCUAA